GUCUGGUUCUGAAGAGCGCCGGCAUGAUCAACUCGCCCUGCCUCAUUUUAGCCCUCACGCUGCUCGUCAGGUGUAACGCUCACUUCUCGAGCUCAGCGGAGGAAGGCGGAGCAGAACAGGGGAGUCUGAGCACGGCCGUUGGAGGAGACCUGGUGAACAUGGCCCAGCAUGGUGUGCUCUCUUCCAGAAGAUCCUCCCUCGUGGACGGAAGACUGGCCGACGAAGACAAGAGAAAGAGCAUCUUCGUGCUUUUUGACGCGGGGCUGAGGGCAGCCGUGAGGGGUGAGAUGCGCCCUGGCGCUGGCUCGACCCUCCCUGCGCUGUCCCCUUGGAGACAGGACCACACCGUCACCGGGACCCCGAGGGAUAAUUAUAACACAAAUGACCUCAUCCCUGUGGCCAGGAGGGACCUGGACGUGCUGCGUUGCAUGAUCGGGAGAGUGUACCGACCCUGCUGGCAAGCCUGAGGUCAGACCCUGCCCACGGCUCACCCGGAGCACUCGUGC